UGACUACUGGGUCGAUCCGAUCAGUGUCAUAGACAUAUAUGUCUAUGAUCCGUGUUGUGUUGAUCGAGAAAACUACGGUUUAUGGAACUUUUUAUUGUUUUUUCAAGAAGUAUUUUGUAAAGCAUCAUAACAAUGAUGGAUUAUUUUGUAAUAAACAAUUCUUUAGCACCUGCACCUAUGGGAAUUCAAAGUACAGCAGGCGCUGUACCUGUAAAAAAUGAUAAAGGUGAACUUUCUAUGAAAAAAGUAAAAGUGCAUCGUUAUGUUUCUGGCAAACGUCCAGAUUAUGCACCAGCAGCUAGCUCGGAAGAAGAAUCCGAAGAAGAAGACUUCUUAGAAAGAAGAGUUCAUAAAGGUUACGAGGAGAACGAAAUACCUACAGAUAUACCUGUACAAUCGCAAGUGAGGGUACGCGAUGAAGAUGAUCCACGUAUAAGGAGAUUAACACGGCUAGAAAAACAAAAGGAAUCUAAUACUAGUACAGAAGUUCACGUGGAAAGACAUAGGCAUAUUCAUGAGCCAGAGUUAAUUGAAGUCGAGCCAGAAAGAACCCGCGAAAGGAUCAAAUUAGAAAGUUCCGACUCUUCGGAGGACGAAGAAUUGUCCGAUUCUGAAAUCGAAAGAAGACGCGAGGCAUUAAAACAGCGGGUUUUGUCGAAGAAAGGAAACGAAGAGGAAUUGAUUCAUGGCGAAGAAGAUGAAAGAUCGGGUGACAGUUCCGAGGAGAGCUCGGAAUACGAAGAAUACACCGAUUCGGAAGAAGAAACUGGGCCAAGAUUGAAACCAGUUUUUGUACGUAAAAAGGAUAGAAUCACAGUAAUGGAAAAAGAAAAAGAAGCAAUGAAACAAAAACAGGCAGAAAUUGAAGCAAAGAAACUAUCUGAAGAACGGAAAAGGCAAACCUUACGGAUGGUAGAAGAGGCAAUAAGAAAGGAAACGCAAGUUGGUAAAAAUAACAAUGAAUACGAAGGAAAACUGGAAGAUGUUUGUACAGACGAUGAAAACGACGAAGUGGAAUACGAAGCCUGGAAACUACGAGAGCUAAAAAGAAUUAAACGUGACCGUGAAGAGAGAGAACAACUUGAAAAAGAACGUCUCGAGAUUGAACGUAUACGUAAUAUGACCGAAGAGGAGCGCAGACAAGAAGCUCGUUUAAAUCCAAAAGUGAUUACAAACAAAGCAGCCAAGGGAAAAUAUAAAUUUUUGCAAAAGUAUUAUCAUCGUGGAGCCUUCUAUCUAGAUAAAGAAGACAAUAUAUUUAAACGAGAUUUCUCUGGUGCAACUUUGGAAGAUCAUUUCGACAAAACAAUUUUACCUAAAGUUAUGCAAGUGAAAAACUUUGGACGAAGUGGCAGAACUAAAUAUACUCACUUAGUUGAUCAAGAUACUACUCAGUUUGAUUCACCUUGGAUUUCAGAAACUGCACAAAAUCUGAAAUUUCAUAAUAAUCAAGCUGCUGGAAUGAAACAAAUAUUUGAUCGACCAUCAUUAAAAAAACGAAAAAAUGAAAACUAAUGACGAUACAGUAUAGCACAUAUCUGUUUUAUUUAAAAAUUAUAAUAUAAAUAUUUGUAAGUUUAACAUAUAAACGUAUGGUCGUUUGUGUAGAUACUUGCGCUCACAAACACGGUAGAACUUUGACAACUACAAAAAAGAUAACAAAAUUCCUGGAAGUAUCGAAAAUAUCGAUAUGAGACAGGUAUCAAAAAACGAAUUUCACUAUGCUUAUUUGUUAUAAAAUCGUGUUUCUUAUCCACGAAUUGCUUUUGUUUUAAAUGGAAGACAUUUCGUUGUUAAGCGACUAUUUUUUUAGUUGCAAAUGUAGUGCAACAAACUAGGUUUUUGUGCGAAUAUUACGGUUCGAGUGUAUAUAAAAUUAUAAAAGUAACAAUAAAGGAACAUGUACUUUGAAUGCUCUCGAUAUAUACAAUUAUUUUUUGUAAAUAAAAUCUUCCAUUUUUAUCUUAAGUUUUACAUAAUAAAGAUUUUAAAGCUUGUUUUGCAGCAGCACA